AUGAGGCUGUUUAGCAUCUAUGAGAAUGCUGGUCAAGUUCUAAACAAGGAAAAGUCCUCUAUCUUCUUUAGCAAAAACACUCCACUCGAAAACCAGAAAACAAUCUUGAGCAUUGCUGGGGUCAAGUCUUCAGGCUCCUUUGAAAAAUACCUGGGGCUUCCCACUAUGGUUGGCAGAGCUAAAUCUAAAGCCUUUCACAACCUUAUUGACAGAGCUUGGGAAAAAAUUACAAAUUGGAAGACAUCAUGCCUCUCAGCAGCAGGAAAAGAGAUCUUACUCAAAUCAGUUCUGCAGGCCAUUCCUACCUAUACCAUGGGCAUUUUUCUCCUUCCUCAAUCCAUCACCAAGAGGCUAGACCAACUGCUGGGGAAGUUUUGGUGGGGUUCAAAUGAGGGUCAGUCUAAAGUUCAAUGGGUUAAGUGGAGUUAUCUGAGUAGAGGGAAAGAUCAAGGUGGGUUGGGUUUUCGGAACUUUAGCAGUUUCAACCUUGCUCUCCUGGCUAAACAAGGGUGGAACAUGCUUAAUAACCCAAACUCCCUCUCUACCCAAGUACUUAAGCAGAAAUAUUUCCCAUCAAAGAACCUCUUAGAGGCCACAGUGGGUUGUAGACCAUCCCUAGCCUGGAAGAGUUUGAUGGCAGGACUUGAUUUGCUUAAAGAGGGCCUCAUAUGGAGAAUAGGUUCUGGACUCAAAGUUAAGAUAUGGGAGUUUAGAUGGUUACCAAAGCCUUUUUCACUGACUCCAGCUAACAGAAAUUGUAGGUUGGAAUGGGUGGCAGACCUCAUGAUCCCUGGCCAGAAGAGCUGGAAUGUUCCUUUGCUUCACAGUCUUUUUUCCCAGCAAGAGGUGGAACUCAUAAAAUCCAUCCCUAUUAGCUUGGGUAACAGAGAAGACAGACUAACUUGA